AUGACUACCAGCCUCGAGGCCGAAGCGCCUCACAACAACUUCGACACUAUCCUCGUUCUCGACUUUGGCUCCCAAACAAGCCAUCUCAUCCUGCGCCGUCUUCGAUCUCUCGGUGUCUUCGCUGAGCUGCUUCCCUGCACCACCAAGAUCGCUGAUCUGUCAUGGAAGCCUAAGGGAAUUGUUUUCUCUGGAGGUCCCGCUUCUGUUUACGAUGAGGGCUCACCCCAUGUUGAUCCCGCUGUGUUUGAUCUCAAUGUGCCUAUUCUGGGUAUUUGCUAUGGUUGCCAGGAGAUCGCUUGGCGCAUUGACUCAAAGAACGUUGCCCGCGGCGAGGCACGGGAGUACGGCCACGCCGACGUCAAGGUCACCAAGGUUAACGCUCAUGCCGACCGACUCUUCGCUGGCUUGGGAGAUGAGGUUCCUGUCUUCAUGUCUCACUUCGAUAAGCUGAUUAACCUGCCUGAGGGAUUUGCCAUUAUUGCUGCCACCAAGAACUCUGAGUUCGCUGGUAUCGCUCAUACUGAGAAGCCCAUUUUUGGUGUCCAAUUCCAUCCUGAGCUCGAGCACACACCUUGCGGAACUGAUAUCCUCCGCAACUUCAGUGUCGAUAUCUGCGGUGCGCAAGCAAGCUGGAAAAUGGGCGACUUCUGCGAGCUUGAAAUCGCUCGCAUUCGUGAGCUUGUCGGUGACCGUGCGUUAGUUCUUGGCGCUGUUAGCGGUGGAGUUGAUAGCACUGUCGGAGCUGCCCUCAUGCGUGAGGCUAUUGGAGAUCGCUUCCACGCCAUCCUCAUCAACAACGGAUGCAUGCGUCUCAAUGAGUGCGAGCAGGUCAAGGCUAAUCUGGGAGAACACCUUGGCAUUAACCUCACCGUUGUCGAAGCUAGCGACUUGUUCCUGGACCGUCUUGCUGGAGUUUCCGAUCCUGAGAAGAAGCGAAAGAUCAUUGGGUCCACUUUCAUCGAUAUGUUCGAGCAGGAAGCUAUUAGAAUCGAGAAGGAGGCAGAGCACACCCCCAACAGCGGAAAGGUCGAAUGGUUCUUGCAAGGAACCUUGUACCCUGAUGUUAUCGAGUCCCUGAGCUGGCGUGGUCCGUCGGCCACCAUCAAGACUCAUCACAACGUCGGUGGUCUACCUGAGCGUAUGAUGAAUGGCCAAGGUUUGCGUCUUAUCGAGCCCCUUAGACUCUUGUUCAAGGAUGAAGUCAGGGCAAUUGGCCGUAAACUCGGCAUUCACGAGUCUCUCGUAAACCGACACCCCUUCCCCGGUCCUGGUAUUGCCAUUCGCAUUCUCGGCGACGUCACCAAAGAGCGAGUAGAGAUCGCUCGUCAGGCUGAUAACAUCUUCAUCACCAAGAUCAAGGAGGCCGGUCUUUACGAUCAGAUCUCUCAAGCCUUUGCUGGCCUUGAUACUAACCGUAGCGUUGGUGUUUUCGGUGACCAGCGUGUUUGGGGUUACAUCAUUAUCCUCCGUGCUGUCCGUACCAGUGACUUCAUGAGCGCGGAGGUGUUCAACUUUGACAACUCUUUCCUCGCUGAUGUUUCACGCACUAUUUGCAACCAGGUCGAGGGCGUGGCCCGUGUUGUCUAUGAUUUGACCUCCAAGCCACCCGCUAGAGCCGCCCAUUCCUCCAUCACAACCCGGGUAUCUAUCAUGACUACCCUCUUCACGGUCCCGAUCACCUCCACUGGGGGCUCUAUCGUGUGCACCAACCCAGCCCCAGACCAGCAAACAAUCUAUCUUUUGACGUUCACAUCACCCCCAGAUAACCGGCUGACCCCAACAUUCAUUGAUGCCUUCAUUCUCGCUCUCGACAUUAUCGAGCAUCGCUACCCCAAGGGUGUUGUGGUUACAACGAGCGGAAUCCCCAAGUUCUACAGUAACGGAUUGGAUCUUGACGUUGUGGCGAGCACUGAAGGAUUCUGCGAAAAAUGGCUAUGGCGACUUUUCCGCCGACUUUUGACAUACCCCAUGCCAACUGUGUGCCUGCUGAAUGGACACGCAUUUGCGGGCGGAUUCAUGCUAGCCAUGUAUCAUGAUUACCGCAUUCAGAACCCGACGAAAGGCUUCCUAUGUGUAAAUGAGUUGGAGUUCGGUGUGCCACUCCAAACACCUAUGAUGUCUAUUUUCAGGGAGAAGUUGGUUCCUACCACUUUCCGGAAUGUGGUGCUUGAGGCGCGCCGCUUUGGAGCGAAGGAUGCUUUGCCGGCGGGGAUUAUUGAUGGGGUCGGUGGUUUAGAUGAGGUUCUGGGGCUUGUUAAUGAUCGGAAGCUUCUUACUAAGGCUGCGACUGGUAUUUAUGGUACUAUGAAGGAGGAGAUGUAUUCGAGGGUAUUGAAUGGUUUGGAUGAUGAGCCUGGGAAUCUUGCGUGGAGAGAGAAGGUUGAGGAGAAGAAAGAUGAAGUGCAGAGUCGUGGUCUACGGGAUGUGGAAGAAUGGGAGAAGAAGGGGAAAGCGAAGCUUUGA